CACUUUUCCUUUUCUCCAAGUUUCAAAUCAUGUCUUUCCUCUCUGGACGCGGUGCUGCUGCCCCCUCGGGCCAAGUUAACUAUGAAAAGGUCGAGAUGGCCGUCACAGAGCUUGACACCGUCACCGACUUUUUCAACCGAAUGGUUUCAUCAUGUUACACCAAGUGCAUUGGCGCGAAAUUCCCCAACGACGGCGACCUCAACAAGGGAGAGAGCGUUUGCAUCGACAAGUGUGUUGGCAAGUACACCGAGGUGCAGAAGAAAGUCGGAGAGAAGCUUCAGAAUCGAGGACAAGGCGCUGGUGCUGCUGCCCCCAGCGCAUUCGGAUCCCUCUAGACAGUCCACCUCAACACCACUGCCGUUACCCACUACCACACUGCCUUCUCCGCCGUCGCCGCCAACAAUGGACACGACGACUUGGUCAGGGAGUCAUUACGGGUGCUUCUAUAGAUGAGCAAAAAGUCGCGCAUGCGCCGCUAUGGAUAAUCUACACUCACGCAGCAUAUGAACGAAACGUACGAAUCCUAUUGCAAGGCGUAAUAAUGACACACACACACAUAAUAGCAACCCCCAACUACCCAAUUCGAA